AUGGCUGAAUCAGAUUCAGCCUAUGGUACAUCAUUCACUUUGGAUUCGAUGAAAGUUAUAGCCGAAAGUGUUGGUAUUGCAAGUCUUGGUGACGAUGCUGCAAAGGAACUAGCAGAUGAUGUUACGUAUCGUCUUAAAGUAAUUGUCCAAGAUGCUAUGAAAUUCAUGCAUCAUGCAAAACGGCAGAAGCUUUCUAUAACUGAUAUUGAUCAUGCACUAAAGAUUAAAAAUAUAGAGGCUCAAUAUGGGUUUAUUCAACCAGAUUCAUUACCAUUCAGAUUUGCUUCUGGAGGUGGAAGAGAGUUACAUUUUAUUGAAGAGAAGGAAAUUGAUUUAUCUGAAAUUUUAUCAGCUCCACCACCAAAAAUACCAUUAGAUGUGUCACUUAGAGCUCACUGGUUAAGUGUUGAUGGAGUUCAGCCCACAGUUCCAGAAAAUCCUCCACCAUUGUCAAAAGAAUCGCAAAAACUUGAAUCUGUUGAUCCUAUAACAAAAUUAAGCAAACCUGCUAACAAAGAUGCAGCUGGUAAACCAGUAUGUGGUAAAGCAGCCCGUUUGAAAGCAUCAGAAUCUGUCCAUGUUAAACAACUAGCUACACAUGAGCUCAGUGUCGAGCAGCAGUUAUAUUACAAGGAAAUAACUGAAGCAUGUGUUGGAAGUGAUGAAGGGAGGCGGGCGGAAGCUUUACAAUCUCUGGCCUGUGAUCCUGGCUUACAUGAAAUGUUACCGAGGAUGUGUACAUUUAUAUCUGAAGGUGUGAAAGUAAAUGUUGUACAGAAUAAUUUGGCUCUUCUUAUCUAUUUGAUGAGAAUGGUGAAGGCAAUUCUUGACAAUCAAUCAUUGUAUUUGGAGAAAUAUCUGCACGAGUUGAUUCCGUCAGUGUCGACGUGUAUAGUGUCGAGGCAGCUGUGCGUGCGUCCGGAGGUGGACAACCACUGGGCAUUGCGCGAUUUUGCCGCACGUCUCAUGGCGCAAAUAUGCAAAACUUUCAAUACUUCAACCAAUAAUUUGCAAACUAGAGUGACGAGGCUAUUUGCAAAAGCAUUGCAAUGUCCAUCUCAAACAAACAAUGAAAGUGGACCCUCCAUGGUGGCUUCCAUGAAGGAAUCUGAAAAGACGCCGCUCGCAUCCUUGUAUGGUGCAGUUCAGGGACUCGCUGAACUUGGACCAGAAGUAGUGAAGGUGUUCAUCCUGCCGCGCGUGCGGUGGCUGGGCGAGCGCGUGGAGGGCGCGCUGAGCGGGCUGGGCGGCGCCGACCGCCUCGCCGCCGGCAACCUCAAGCACCAGCUGCUCAAGGUGCUGGCGCCCGUCGUGCGCCACCUGCGCCAGCCGCCCGACCUGCCGGAUGAUUACAAACGCGACUACGGCUACCUGGGCCCCAGCCUGCAGCAGCUGGUGAGCAAGCAGCGCUCGUCGCCGGCGGCGGGCAGCGGCGGCGGCGCGGUGGCGGUGGUGGCGUGCACGCCGCCGCUGCUGCCCUCGCCCUCCCCCGCGCCGCCCUCGCCCGCGCCCUCGCUCGCCGGGCCCUCCGUUGUCACACACUCGCAGGCCAAGUCUAUUGAGUCAGUGACGUCUCGAAACGUGGUGAUAACGGCGUCGUCCGCGCCGCAGUCGCCGGCGCCCUCCACGCCGCCGCCGCAGAAGUUCGUCAUAGUCUCGCAGCAGAAACCUCAACAGAGUCAGUCGGUGAGCGGAGCGGGACACAUCGUGGUGCACAGCUCGCAGCCCACCAUCGUGCGCAGUCAAAAUGUACAGUCGGUGGUGGUGACGAGCGGGCCGGCGGGCGCGCAGCCGCCGCAGAAGGUGGUGGUGGUGGGCGUGCACCCGCCGCACGCGCCCGUCUCCGUCGCUGGAGUUAGCCAGGCGCCCGUAUCAGUGGUAGCGAAGCCAGUGUUCGCGCGAGGCGGCUCGCAGCAGCCGCAGCCGCCGCCCGAGCUGGACGACCUGUCGCACCUCGCC